AUUUAUAGCGCUUGUCCGCACCGGCCCAUUUCGGGUAGUGUGGUCAUCAGGCUCGCCCGGCCGCGCCCUCGCGACCCCGUGGCGUGUGCAGUCACCGCGCCAUCGCGGCGGAGCGAGCGGGGCCAGGGCAGCAGCAAGAAUAUUUCGUGGGAUCUCUGUUGAUUUGUGAGUAAUCAGAAAUGCAAAGAGCCCCUCAGGGAUCCAGCUAAACGCAAAGAGACCUCACUUACAAAUUUCCAGGAGUGCAUCAUGGAGUGCAAGACUGAGGGAAAGGGGAAACACCAUCAUAGCUUGAACUUACUAGAUAAAAUUAAGAAUAUGAAAGAGUUAGAGGAAAUGAUUGAUGUAGUUCUCAUAGCAGAAGGGGAGACGUUUCCAUGCCACAGACUUGUCCUCGCUGCGUUUAGUCCUUAUUUCAAGGCUAUGUUCACGUGUGGACUGCUGGAGUGCACUCAGAGGGAGGUCAGUCUCUAUGACAUCACAGCAGAAAGUGUGUCAGUGAUACUAAAUUACAUGUACAGUGCAGUUCUGGAGAUCAAUAACGCCAACGUACAAACCGUAGCAAUGGCUGCCUAUUUUAUGCAGAUGGAAGAAGUCUUUAGUGUGUGCCAAAAAUAUAUGAUGGACCACAUGGAUGCCUCCAACUGCAUAGGAAUUUAUUAUUUUGCAAAACAAAUCGGGGCAGAAGAUUUAUCUGAUCAGUCAAAGAAGUAUUUAUAUCAGCACUUCGCUGAGGUAAGCCUACAUGGAGAAAUACUAGACAUCGAAGCUCACCAGCUCCUGGCACUAAUUAAGUCUGAUGAUCUGAAUAUCUCCAGAGAAGAAAGCAUUCUGGACUUGGUUCUGAGAUGGGUAAAUCACAACCAGGCAUUGCGCACAGGGCAUCUCGUUGAGCUUCUGAAGCAAGUCAGACUGGAACUUAUAAAUGCUUCCUUUCUAAGACAGGCCCUAAGAAGGAACACGAUGCUCCUUUGUGAUGGCAGUUGCAUUGACCUAAUCCAGAAUGCAUUCAAAGCCAUCAAGACACCCCAGCAGCACUCCUCUAAUCUUCGCUAUGGCAUGGAGACCACCAGCCUUCUGCUUUGCAUUGGAAACAAUUCUUCUGGAAUCAGAUCACGGCACAGGAGCUACGGGGAUGCAAGCUUUUGUUAUGACCCUGUGUCACACAAGACCUACUUUAUCUCCUCACCCAAGUAUGGGGAGGGUUUGGGAACAGUGUGCACUGGUGUAGUCAUGGAGAACAAUACUGUAAUUGUGGCUGGAGAAGCAACUGCCACUAGGCUUUCUAGACAAAAGAGCAAGAAUAUUGAAAUCUAUAGGUAUCACGAGAGAGGAAACCAGUUUUGGGAAAAGUUAUGCACAGCUGAAUUUCGAGAGCUCUAUGCACUGGGCACCAUCCAUAAUGACCUCUACGUCAUAGGAGGACAGAUGAAAAUUAAAAACCAGUACCUCAUUACAAACUGUGUUGAUAAGUACUCCGUAGAUCAAGACACGUGGAAGCGAGUGUGUCCCCUUCCACUGCAGUUGGCUUGUCAUGCUGUGGUCACAGUGAACGACAAACUGUAUGUCAUUGGAGGCUGGACUCCUCAGAUGGAUCUUCCUGAUGAAGAGCCUGAUCGAUUAAGCAACAAACUGUUGCAGUAUGACCCCAGCCAAGAUCAGUGGAGAGAGCGGGCGCCCAUGCAGCACUCUAGGUACCGAUUCAGCGCGGCCGUCGUCAACAGCGAGAUCUAUGUCCUGGGUGGAAUUGGCUGUGUGGGCCGAGACAAGGGACAAGUUCGGAAAUGCCUGGAUGUGGUGGAGAUCUACAACCCCGAUGGGGACUUCUGGCGGGAAGGCCCACCUAUGCCAAGUCCCCUCCUCUCCCUGCGAACCAAUUCCACCAGUGCAGGUGCCAUAGACGGAAAGCUGUACGUCUGUGGGGGAUUCCACGGAGCAGAUCGCCAUGAGGUUAUCUCCAAAGAGAUUCUGGAGUUGGACCCUUGGGAGAACCAGUGGAAUGUUGUCGCCGUCAACGUCCUUAUGCAUGACAGCUAUGAUGUCUGCCUGGUAGCUAGGAUGAACCCCCGAGACCUCAUCCCACCACCCUCAGAUCUGACCGAGGAAGAUGGUGACCACAGAGGGCCAAGAUGAGGGCCUCACAGCUGGAGGAGCGACAGCUAGAGGAGCCAUGGCCUGGCAGCCAGGCCUCGGAGCGCAAAACCUGGCACACCGCGUGGCACU